CACAGACACACAUAGAAAAAAGCAAAUGCACGAGAGAGGAACAUACACAUAUCCUAAUUUAGACAGGCAUUUCCAUUCAAGCACAUACACACAGCAUAGCAAGGGCACACACGGUUAUUCUCGGGAGCUUAUUGCUUUCCCCGCAAACCUUCACGAGUACUGGCUGGAGACAAAGAUUAAACUAACACAACCCUACUUGUCACAGCCACUGCUGUCAUCAUGCCUGGGGAGGAUAAACCACCACAACAGGCCCGCCAGAGGAAAAAGACCAAGAAGUCCCGCUCCAAGGGAAAGAGUCCCACUGGGAGUCCUAGUGCCAGCUUGGCAAGCACUUUAGACGGGCAAGAUGAGUUCAUCUUCCCCCCAGUCGUGCAACCUCCACCUAAAAAGUCUACGGAGGAGAGGAAGAAAGUGCCUGUUGCCAAAGUAGAGGAAGAGACAUCCAUAGCCAUCUGUCUUCAGGUGGUUUUUCCCUACCUGCUAGCUGGAAUGGGCAUGGUGAUGGCUGGCAUGGUGCUGGACAUUGUACAGCACUGGGAGGUGUUUAAGGUGAUCACAGAAGUUUUCAUCCUGGUUCCAGCUCUGGUUGGACUCAAAGGAAACCUGGAGAUGACCUUGGCUGCUCGCCUCUCUACCGCUGCUAACACAGGCCAAAUGGAUGACCCUGAUAAACAAUGGACCAUGGUGUGCAGCAAUCUGGCACUUAUUCAGGUCCAGGCCACAGUGGUAGGAUUCCUCGCCGCAGUGGCAGCAAUUUGUUUAGGGGCGAUUUCCAGAGGAGGCAUUGAACUGGAACAAGCAGCUGUCCUGUGCGCCAGCAGUAUCACCACCGCCUUUGUAGCUGCUCUGUCUUUAGGCCUGGUGAUGAUUGGAGUGAUCAUCGGCUCGAGGAAAGUGGGAAUCAACCCUGACAAUGUGGCCACUCCCAUUGCUGCGAGUCUGGGGGAUUUGAUCACCCUGUCCCUGCUGGCUGGGGUCAGCAGCGCGCUCUAUGAGUAUAAAGACAUAUGGUACCUGUCACCUAUGGUGUGUCUGGUCUUUCUCUGUCUCAUCCCGGUCUGGGUGUUGGUGGCCCGACAAAGCCCUCAGAUCAGAGAGGUUCUCCGUUCAGGAUGGCAGCCCGUAAUAGUGGCCAUGUCCAUUAGCAGCUUUGGAGGCCUUAUACUGGACAAGACAGUGAGUGAUCCCAACUUCGAGGGUAUGGCUAUCUUCACUCCUGUCAUUAAUGGAGUGGGUGGCAACUUGGUAGCCAUCCAGGCCAGCAGGAUCUCUACCUAUCUGCACUUUUGGAGCAUCCCAGGGGUGCUACCCUACAAGAUGAGGCAGCACUGGCCCAAUCCCUGCAUCACCUUCUUCUCCUCAGGGGUCAACUCAAAGUCAGCACGGGUGCUGUUGAUGCUCGUUAUACCCGGUCACCUGGUCUUCCUUUACGCCAUCUCUCUGCUACAAGGAGAGGAGGCACCUAUCACCAUAGCCUUCACUGUCUGCUACCUGUGUGCUGCUCUGAUACAGGUGGCUAUCCUCCUUUAUGUUGCUGACCUAAUUGUCCGUUUGAUGUGGAGACGGAGUCUGGACCCUGACAACUUCUCCAUCCCGUACCUGACUGCCCUGGGAGACCUGCUCGGCACUGGUUUCCUGGCUCUCUGUUUCCGCUGCGUGUCAGUGGUUCAAAGCCUGGGUCUAUAAACUGAUUUUUUUUUUCCAUUAAGAACUGAACUCUUAGCCUGCCACCAUCGUAUUGAACCCGAUUUUUGUUACAUUAACAAAAAUGCUUUUGAUUGGACAAUAAAGCAUUUUUGGAUCUUU